UAGAAUCUGUUCUGUCAAUAAAUUAAGUAAUCAAUCGCUCUCAAGAUUACACGUGACUCUUUAGUAUAACUUUGAAAUUAAUUUCUAAUAUGCCAACUAUAAAUAAAAUGAUAAUAGUUGAACCAAAACAAAAUGGAAAUCUUAAAAGUAAUGCGGUCGUUGCUUAUAACAUCGUUUAUACUUCUGCAAUUUAUGGCAAAAAUAGAAUCAAUGGAAAAUUUCCUGAACAAUUUAUUGAUGAAGUCCAUCUAGCAUUUAAAAAUCUCUCUUAUACUUUAGAAACUGCUGGAGCAUCUUGUGAAUCAGUUAUUAAAGUUGUUAUUUACAUUAAAACUUACAGUGUAGCUAGAAUGAUCAAUGAUGUAUUCUCAAAAUAUUUUUCUAUUCCAUAUUGUGCAAGAUUACAAAUGCAAGUUGAUCAAUUACCAGAAUAUCAUUUUUUUUAAAGGGAGCUGGAAUUUCAGUUGAAGCCAUUGCAGCAGUCCUUCCAAUCAAUAAGAUAAAAAUCGAAAAGUAAAACUAAAAUUAUAUUAUCAUUAUAUUAAAAAUUUUUAAAAUACUAAAAAAAAAGAUAAACAAAUCUAUUUGAAUAAUAAUAUUUAUAUUUCUGUAAAUUUUAGAAAACCUAUGUUGUAAAAAUAUUAAUAAAGAAUAAAAUUAUGUUAUUUUUCAAGUUAA